UUGUUAGGAAGUUGGUCGUCUGAUACCUACUAAGUCUGUGAUAAGAACAAAAUAGUUGACAAAACAAAAAUUUCUUUAUAGAGGGAAUGAAUUAUUGAAAUACGAUAUAUGUGCUUGUUUGUUCAUUAAACGAAAAAAGAAUAUGGCUGUUCCACCACAAGCAUUUGUUAACAAACAUAAGAAACAUUUCCUUGGUAUUCCAGCUCCUUUAGGUUAUGUUGCUGGAGUUGGUAGAGGUGCCACUGGUUUUACUACACGAUCGGAUAUCGGUCCAGCCCGUGAUGCAAAUGAUGUGUCAGAUGAUCGACAUGCUCCACCAGCUGCUAAACGAAAAAAAACUGAAGAAGAAGAUGAUGAUGAAGACUUAAAUGAUUCUAACUAUGAUGAGUUUUCUGGAUAUAGUGGUUCUUUGUUUUCAAAGGAUCCUUAUGAUAAGGAUGAUGCUGAAGCAGAUGCAAUUUAUGAGUCUAUUGACAAACGCAUGGAUGAGAAAAGAAAAGAGUACAGAGAAAAACGACUAAAAGAAGAUUUAGAACGAUAUCGUCAAGAAAGACCCAAAAUUCAGCAACAAUUUUCUGACCUCAAAAGAGAACUGAAGCAAGUUUCUGAAGAGGAAUGGGCUGCCAUUCCAGAAGUGGGAGAUGCCCGUAAUAGAAAACAGCGUAAUCCACGUGCAGAAAAAUUCACCCCACUACCAGACAGUGUUUUGUCAAGGAAUCUUGGAGGGGAGUCAACCACUUCCAUUGAUCCUGGAUCAGGUUUGGCAUCUAUGAUGCCUGGUGUGAUGACUCCAGGAAUGUUGACUCCAUCAGGUGACUUAGAUUUAAGAAAAAUUGGUCAAGCAAGAAACACCCUAAUGACUGUCAAAUUGUCCCAAGUGUCAGACUCGGUUACAGGACAAACAGUUGUUGACCCUAAAGGCUACUUAACUGAUUUACAGUCCAUGAUACCAACAUAUGGCGGUGAUAUUAAUGACAUAAAAAAGGCCAGACUGCUCUUAAAAUCUGUUAGAGAGACAAACCCUAAUCAUCCACCAGCUUGGAUAGCUAGUGCGCGACUGGAAGAAGUAACAGGUAAGAUUCAAUCAGCCAGAAAUCUUAUUAUGAAGGGUUGUGAAGUGAAUCCAAGCAGUGAAGAAUUAUGGCUGGAAGCUGCCCGAUUGCAACCUCCAGACACAGCCAGGGCAGUAAUAGCACAUGCUGCUAGGAAUCUUCCUCACAGUGUCAGAAUAUGGGUUAAGGCUGCUGAUCUGGAACAGGAGACUAAAGCUAAACGCCGUGUAUUCCGUAAAGCAUUAGAGCAUAUACCCAACUCGGUUCGCCUUUGGAAGGCAGCUGUUGAAUUGGAAAAUCCUGAGGAUGCCCGAAUAUUACUCUCGAGAGCCGUAGAAUGUUGUCCUACAAGCGUCGAGCUAUGGUUAGCUUUGGCGAGACUGGAGACAUAUGAAAAUGCUCGAAAAGUUUUGAAUAAAGCUAGAGAGAAUAUACCGACUGAUCGCCAAAUCUGGGUAACAGCCGCCAAACUAGAAGAAGCUCAUGGCAACACUCACAUGGUAGAGAAGAUCAUAGACCGUGCGAUUACGUCACUCAGUGCCAACGGAGUAGAGAUUAACCGUGAACACUGGUUCAAAGAAGCUAUGGAAGCUGAAAAAUCAGGAGCAGUUCACACUUGCCAGGCCAUAAUUCGUGCUGUGAUUGGUCACGGUAUAGAACCUGAGGAUCAAAAGCACACGUGGAUGGAAGAUGCUGAAUUAUGCGCAAGUGAAGGUGCGUACGAGUGCGCGAGAGCGGUGUAUGGUUAUGCUCUAUCAGUAUUCCCUUCUAAGAAGUCUAUUUGGUUGAGAGCAGCAUAUUUAGAGAAACAGCAUGGAACUAGGGCCAGUUUAGAAGCCCUCCUGCAGAGGGCGGUAGCCCAUUGUCCCAAAUCAGAAGUUCUGUGGCUUAUGGGCGCCAAAUCUAAGUGGUUAGCGGGCGAUGUUCCGGCUGCUCGUGGCAUUCUGUCACUCGCUUUUCAAGCAAAUCCCAACUCCGAGGAGAUCUGGCUCGCUGCCGUCAAACUCGAGAGUGAGAACAAAGAGUACGACAGAGCGAGACGGCUACUCGCUAAAGCUAGGGCUUCUGCUCCAACACCAAGGGUAAUGAUUAAAUCUGCUAAAUUAGAGUGGGCCUUAAAUAAUAUGGAAGAGGCCCUAAAAUUACUUGAGGAAGCAAUCAAAGUGUUUGGGGAUUACGCGAAACUGCAUAUGAUGAAAGGAGAGAUUGAAGAACAAAUAGGCAGAAAUGACGAUGCCCAUAAUACUUAUUCACAAGGAUUGAAGAAAUGUGCAACGAGUGUACCCAUGUGGAUAUUACUAUCAAGAUUAGAAGAAAAGCUGAAACACGUUACAAAAGCUAGAUCUGUCCUAGAAAAAGCAAGACUGAGGAAUCCAAAGAAUCCAGAAUUAUGGUUAGAGAGUGUCAGACUGGAGAGGCGUAAUGGUAGUGCGGAAAUAGCGAAUGCUGUGAUGGCGAAAGCUCUUCAAGAAUGCCCCAACGCUGGACGUUUGUGGGCGGAAGCUAUCUUCAUGGAAUCAAGGCCACAGAGGAAAACCAAAAGUGUCGAUGCCCUCAAAAAAUGCGAGCACGAUGCACAUGUUUUAUUGGCCGUAUCACAGCUGUUCUGGACUGAGAGAAAACUCAAUAAGUGCCGGGAGUGGUUCAACAGAACGGUGAAAAUCGAUCCGGAUCUGGGCGAUGCAUGGGCAUACUUCUACAAAUUCGAAUUGCUUCAUGGCAAUGAACAACAGCAAGAAGACGUGAAGACACGUUGUAAAGCGGCGGAACCACACCACGGCGAACAAUGGUGUAAAGUUUCCAAGGACAUUGCCAACUGGUGCUUUAGCAUCGAACAGAUUUUACUGUUAGUAGCUAAAAACUUACCUGUUCCAACUUAAAACAAAUUAAUUCGAGUAUUCAGACUUUUCGAUUAACGAUAGGGUGUUAUUUUAUUAACAGGAUUUGUAUUCGUAUAUAUUGAAAUAAAUAUAUCGUAUAUAUUGAGUUAGGUCGCGACUUGGUACAGUAGUUGAAAAAUUAGUAAUUUCACACAUUUAACAAUAUUAAAGUGAAUUUGUACUAGUGUUUAGCACUGUGUUCUUGAUCAAGAAUAUUUUGAAUAUUUUUUGGUGU